AGCCGCCUCAGCCUCUGCACCAAAUCCGCGGGUUCUCCGCCUCUUCUACCAUGACGACUUCAGCCGAGCUCCGUUCUGUCACGUACUGCGUUGCCGCCAUGCUGAUCGAGUUCGACGUGCGCCAGCACCAACAACGCCAGCAGCAACAACAACAACAACAACAGCAGCAGCAACAGCAGCAGCAACAGCAACAGCAACAGCAAUAAAUGGCGGGCCAAGAAAGAGCCAAGCAGGCUGGGCCUGGCACGCUGCCAGGUGCCCUGGACCUUUUCUUGGCGGAAGCUGCUGUGGCGCUCAAGGACGAAACCGCCUUCCGAGCAGCAGCAGCAAACUUCCUCAGCAAGCUUGCCCCGAAGGGGACGGCAGCCAUUUGGGAAGUAUGCAGAGGGCCGAAGAAGCACCCAGAGCUGCAACGGCUGUGGCGCUUGCUGCGGCACUUGUCGCCGUCAGAGCGGCGCAGCUAUAUCGCUGAGCGCCUCUGCCAGUCACAACGGAUUCAGCUGGAGCACUGGAUCCUUUCGACUCGCGGAGGUGUCAGCUUGCCCAGCGGCUUCUCCUCACGAAGCCUUUGCCGGUGGAAGGGUCGUCGAGCCGCGGUGGGAUACCGCCCGAUUCUCCAUUUGCAUGACAGCCUCUAUGCGCAGGCUGCUUUCACUUUCAACUUGCGCGACGCUCUACGAGCGCUUGGCGUCUUGCUCGCGCUGCGGGCGGCCUUGGCGCACGGGGAGACCACGCCAGAGAAGAUCCAAGCAUCUCUGCUGGCGGUGCUGCGCAGCAGCGACACUGCGCACAAGUUCUACUUUAAGACGCGCUUGAAAGUUGGGCGCCGGGAGGUGGCCACGCCGUUGCGGCAGAGUUUGCCCCUGGCGCUCAGGGAGUGGCGCUAUGCGCAGCUCUUCCGGGCCCGCUCGCCGCGGAGUCGCUGUGAGGAGCCCAAGGGGACUUUGUGUCUUACUUUGGACGGGCCGCGGAAGAGGCGAGCUUCCCGGAGGGGUGAGCCGCGCAAGAGGCAAAAGCCGUCGGACUGCCAGACGCAGUUGUCUUCGCGAUGUCAUUGAACCUGGCAGCCCGGAGGUGGCCGAAUUGAUCGACAGGAGACCGGAUUGAAUGGAGUCCCUUUCGGUCCUCCAUGAAGUCAUUUGGAUGGGAUGGCACGGCGCAGACGAAGGGACCAAGUGGAU